AGCGACUUGCUCUCCAUAACUUUAAAUAUACUUUUCUUGGAAUUCCAAAAUCCCACAGGGGAAUUUCCGAUUUCAAAUCCCAAAACGCCGCCACCUCUCGCGGUGUCUCCUCCCGCCGGGCCGCCGUCGCCUCCGCCGCGUACGCCUGCACUCCACCUACGUGGCUAAAUCUCAGCCGUCCGCCGAUUUUCCGUGCUCGUGAAUCUAGGCCCUUCGCUUUUAUCUGAUCCCGAGAGCGCCCUCCCCCCGGUUUUCGAAAACCAGAUCUGAUUCUUCCGCUCUCUUCUAAAUUCCCGCUUUCUUUUUCCUCUCUUUUUCAACUGUUCCGAUCGUGUUCUUGAUCUGGAUUUCAGUGCCGCUGCUUUCAAUCCCGUCGUUUUUGUGGAAGAUUUGUGAGAAACAAUGGCCAAUUUCGCAUCGAUUUGCUGUGUAGUUCUUUCGGUCCUGCUUUUGGUUCAAUUCUCUGUCUCUGUGGAUUCUCCGGCGGAAUCCCCCGCUCCGCCGCCGCAGACUGGCGCCGAUUCCCCUCCGCCGCGCUCUCCUUCUUCCAUUUCCAGUCCACCGGACGCAUCUCCUCGGAAUGCACCGAUUAGUUCCCCUCCAUCGCAUCCACCAUCAGAUCUCGCUCCCGGUUCACCUCCGUCUCCAUUGCCUUCGUCGCCUCCUCCUUCCUCUCCGGCUCCGUCUCCGCCGCCAUCCGAAUCUGCCGACGUUAGCCGGAGCAAUGUGAGCAAAGGAGACGAAUCGGAAGGCGAAUCGAAGGACGGGAUGAGUGGAGCUCAGAAAUUCGGAGUCGCAGUAGGCGUGAUCGGAGCGGUUGUUUUGGCCGGAUUUGGAGGAUUGGUGUACAAGAAGCGCCGAGACAAUAUUCGCCGAUCUGGCUAUGGAUACGCAGCGAGGAGAGAGAUUCUCUGAAAUCCGCCAUGCUCUGGUACUUUUUGGUUGUUUUUAAUGUAAUUGAUUUGAUAGUAUACACUUUUUUCUAGGGAUUCAUCCACAGUUCUUCAACUCCUGAUUAAAUAUUCUUUUUGCUCGAUUACAAUUCCAUUAUACAUCACUGAUGUGUUAGUUUUUA